ACAACCGUGACGUAUUUCCGGCGGAUGUAACCGGUCAGCUGCGCUUUAUUACAAAGCUUCCUGGUUUUGCGAGCGAAACCUAUGUGUUUUCAGUAAUACAUUAUCUUAAAUGCGGAUUGUUUUUCUCGUUUUAACGAGUAGUUUCAGUAGACAGCAUCCGGAUCAUCCGCAGCUGCGAAAAUGAACACGGAGAAGGACUUUUCGCCGCUGACGCCCAACAUUGUCAGAGCUCUGAAUGAUAAACUGUACGAGAAGAGGAAAGUCGCAGCUCUCGAAAUUGAGAAACUGGUGCGGGAGUUUGUGGCUCAGAACAGCUCCACUCAAAUCAGACAUGUUAUCCAGAUUCUUGCCACGGAGUUUGCGCUUUCCCAGCAUCCCCACAGCCGAAAGGGGGGUCUCAUUGGACUGGCAGCUUGCUCUAUUGCACUCGGAAAGGACUCAGGUCUGUAUCUGAAGGAGCUUAUUGAGCCUGUGCUCACGUGUUUUAAUGACUCAGACAGCCGUUUGCGCUACUAUGCAUGUGAGGCCCUCUAUAAUAUAGUGAAGGUGGCUAGGGGGGCUGUGCUGCCCCACUUCAACCUGCUUUUUGAUGGUCUCAGCAAGCUUGCAGCAGACCCAGACCCCAAUGUGAAAAGCGGAUCUGAACUCCUGGACAGACUGCUCAAAGACAUUGUGACAGAAAGUAACAAGUUUGACUUAGUGGCCUUUGUCCCCCUGCUCAGAGAGAGAAUCUACUCCAAUAAUCAAUAUGCUCGGCAGUUUAUUAUUUCCUGGAUUCAUGUUUUGGAGUCUGUGCCAGACAUUAACCUGAUAGACUACCUGCCAGAGAUCCUGGAUGGGCUCUUCCAGAUUCUGGGAGACAACAGCAAGGAAAUUCGUAAAACGUGUGAGGUGGUGCUCGGGGAGUUUCUGAAGGAGAUUAAGAAGAAUCCCUCCAGUGUGAAGUUUGCAGAGAUGGCCAACAUCCUGGUCAUCCACUGCCAGGUUGCAGAUGAAACCAAACUCACCAACGACCUGAUCCAGCUGACUGCUAUGACCUGGAUGAGAGAGUUUAUCACGCUUGCAGGCCGAGUGGUCCUCCCCUACUCCUCUGGAAUCCUAACUGCAGUGCUGCCUUGCCUUUCCUAUGAUGACAGAAAGAAGAAUACCAAAGAAGCAGCCAGUGCUUGUAAUCACAGCCUGAUGAAGCUGGUGACUCCUGAGGAUGAUGAGGAUGAUGAGGACGAGAAAAGUGGAAGUACAGGGUCACCGUCCAGGGAAGACGGCCAGCCCAAGACAGAGGCAGACGGCAAUGACAUGCUGAAUGCAUCUCAAGAAUCCGUUGGUUUCAGUAAUAUCAGCUUCUUCACUCCUGCGAGUGCUGACAGGCCUCAGGUAACUCUGGACCUGGACGGUAUUGUUCAGGUGUUGGACCGGCACCUCCACGACUCCUCCACUGGCAUGAUGACCCGUAUAGCUGUGCUUAAAUGGCUCUACCACCUCUACAUCAAGACGCCACGCAAAAUGUUCCGCCACACAGACAGCCUGUUUCCGAUGCUGCUGAAAACGUUGUCUGAUGAAUCUGAUGAAGUGAUUCUGAAAGAUCUGGAGGUGUUAGCCGAGAUAGCAUCAUCACCUGCUGGCCAAACAGACCAAGUCGGCUCCUGCGACAGCACUGACAACAAACUGGUGCUCAAGGUCCCGGAGAAUGCAAAGCCAGGACAGCAGCCCGGCACAGGAUCCAAAGCAGCGGACUCCUCCCCCUCCACGCCCAGUAUGAACUCCUAUUUUUACAAGUUCAUGAUCAACCUGCUGAAACGCUUCAGUCUGGAGAGGAAGCUUCUGGAGAACAGAGGAGCUUUCAUCAUCAGACAACUCUGUCUGUUGCUUCACGCAGAGAACAUCUUCCACUCCAUGGCUGACAUCUUGCUGAAGGAGGAGGACCUCAAAUUUGCCUCCACAAUGGUUCAGACGCUCAACACCAUCCUGCUCACCUCGGCUGAGCUCUUCCAGCUACGCAACCAGCUGAAGGACCUGCGCACUCAGGAGAGCUGUGCUUUGUUUUGCUGCCUGUAUCGCUCCUGGUGCCACAAUCCUGUGGCCACCGUGUCACUCUGUUUCCUCACACAAAACUACAAACACGCCUAUGACCUCAUCCAGAAGUUUGGAGAUCUGGAGGUGACGGUAGACUUCCUGAUGGAGGUUGACAAGCUGGUACAGCUCAUUGAAAGCCCCAUUUUCACUUACCUGCGCCUCCAGCUCCUCGAUGUGGAGAACAACCCGUACCUGAUUAAGGCUCUGUACGGCCUGCUGAUGCUGCUGCCACAGAGUCAGGCCUUCCAGCUGCUCUCCCACCGAUUGCGAUGUGUCCCCAACCCGGAGCUCAUGAGGACUGUGGAUGAGUCCAAGUACAUGGACUCGAAACAGCAAGCGGUCUCCAAACGUGCCUCUCACACUCAGGUGGAUUACAGUGAGCUGCUCCAGCAUUUUGACCGUGUUCAGAGCAAGCACCUGGAGGUCAGACACCAGCGCUCUGGGCGUGCCUCUGAUCACCCUGACAGGAAGCUGAUAUGAAGUUAUUUUGCCAUAGUGACCUCUGGCCCUUGAGGACUGCAAGAGGAUGUGACAGAAAAAUUCUAAGGACAAGAACCAUAUAUAUAUAGUUGUUCUGGAAAAUAAUGAAUAUGUUAAAGCCAAAAAGUAUUAAUUACGUAUGAUUAAAAACUGCCCUAUCAGCACUGGAUAUACAUGUCAAGAAAUAAGGAACUGGUUGUAAAUUAAGAAUGUUACGUAAUAUAAGAAAAAAAAAUAACACCUCACAUGGAAAGUAGUCACUAUUUUCUGUGAAGAUUUGAAGAAUGUACAUAGAAUCUCUUUCAUCAUAACCAGUGGUGGUGACAAUAUUAUCAUAUCCUGAGUUUCCAUCAUGCCGUCAGCAGCUUUUUUCCCCGCUAAUUAUAAAUGUUCACAGUGUGUCAAGUGAAUCUAACAAGCAUUUCAGUGUUUUAUAGCACGCUUCCGUCAUUUAAUGUCCAUGUGAAACACAGUAUUUUCACGGUGUAUCC